ACAAAAAAAAGAGGCUCUUAGCCUUUCGGACUUGCCCUGCCAAAACCUUGAUUAUUGGAUUUCCUGCUUACCCGCUACAAAAAGAGACUUUUCUUUUUGAGGUAAGCUUAGAAAAGAAAGACCUGGAAAAGCCGGUGCUUAGGCAGACGUCCCAAGGUAAGAGCAGACUAAUCCACUUUUUGCCAAAAUGUAUAUCCGUAAAUCUCUCGGUCUAGGCAUAGGCUGGAAAGGAAAGCAGUUAAUCGCUAUCUGGAAUUACUGCCCCUUUCGCUACCAAGAAAGAGUAAACUCGAACGAGAGUCAAGAAAGAAGGGUAAUAAGGUUCUUUAGCCAAUCCCAGGGAAUGGUACAAAGCCAAUAGAUGGGGGGGCCUCCUCGCAUAUCAAGAACUUGCUGCUAUUGGGAAGACUCCUUACCCCGGCAUUGCCCUAAAACACUCAUAUUAAAGCACCAACCGUUAUCCCGCAUCUAGAGAGAUUCCUAAGAGUUAGAAUCUGAUCUGCGGUGCGGCAUUUGGGCAAGAUCUUAAGUAUGAAAGUACAGGAAGCAUGUAGUCAGAGUUGUUGGCCCCAUUUCCUUUCUUAGGGGAAUAUCUGCUCUUGUAUUGGAUUCGGCAUCAAGCCGAUGUGGCACUGAUGACUUUAAAGUCCUUUCUGCUUUGACAGAGCUUCAAGCAAUUGUCCAAUUGGUAGGACCAAGAGCCUUUCCGGAGUAAAAAAGGAAUGGCUCCUUCAUGCCCAUGUAUAAUGCCGCUCAAGCGCAAUAGUGACAUCUUGGAUCAGUUGUGAAAGAAGGAACUUAACCGAUCCUGCAUUACUUUCUUGCUAGCCAUUUCGCAUAGCAGGUCUGGUGGGCAUCUUAUGUCUUUCACAAUCCGCGGAAGUAGAUAGGACUGUGUUGACUGAAGCUUUCGGUGCCUAGCGCCGCGGAAUCAGAAAUUAACAGAGCAGAGACAGCAGACGACGAUGAAACUAUCUCAAAUACAAAUAAAAUAAGGGAAUGCCACCCGCUUCCACUCUAGUUGAAAGCCCUUUUUCAAAAGAAAGGAAUUGAUAGACCAAUGUGGGUUCCAAACCUCACCUUGACUUCAAGCGAAUAGUGCCUCGAAAAGGCCGAUGAAAGCAUCUCAUUAGCAUGUCCUUGCCAACGGCUUCAAGUCUUCUUUUCAUUUCAUGCCCAAGCCUUCAAGGCUGCCAACUAUCCAAAGCAAGGAGCUUAGCUUAUUGCCCUGGCCCUGGAACGCUACUAGUAACUGACAUUUUUUAAAGCAAGGAACUUCUUUACCACGGUCUUACAGAAUAAGGUCUUACUUCAUCCGCUGCUCUUAGGAAGAAUGAAUCCACUGCUGGUGGAAGGUUUCAAGGAAUUGAAUCAGAAGCAUGGAAUAGGACAAGGUUUACGUUAUGCCUGAAUCUAAGAGCAGUAGGAGGUUUAAUCAAUAGUAGAAGAUAUCCACGAGCAGAAUGAAUGAAGGCAAUCCUUGAAUCGAUGGACAGAAGGAGCUUUGAGCAAACCUGUUGAGGAAGAGAAGGGGAAUGAAGCCUGUUGGUUGAUGCGGAUUACCGUCGUGUCUUACCUUCUUAUCCGUCGAUUGCUAGUAUGGAGAGAGGGAGAGGAGAAGGAAAGGAGUAGGAUUCGCACUAAUCAGACUAUCUAGAACCCCAAGGAGCACUAGACUGAUUUUUUUAUAGCAGUACCUUAUUAAACAGUAGCAGUUGCAAUAGGAUAAGGUAAGGCACGCAAGUCACUUCUUGCACUAAGGCAAGGUUUAGAAUCCACAUGGGGAAGGGAAUGAGCUGGUGCUAUAAUAGGAAUAGGCAUUUGCCUUUGAGGUUGCAACUCGAUUCUUUUCUUUUUUAAAGAAUAGGUUGCUUUGUGCAAUUGAAGAUGAAUCCGCUUCGACGGAAGAGAAUACAGGAAUAACCGUUGUUCACGUAACCGCUCUUGUCUUCAUAUCAGCUCUUGCUGUUGUUGGAAUAACAGCUGUUGGGAUCUUAUCCGCUGCUUGGCUCUUUCCUGUGUUAGCACGAAUCGGUUCAAAAUAGGUUGUUUCGGAAGAGAAGAAGAGAAUAAGCUCUUUGAAAGAAUAAGCUGUUCAUAGAGCCAACCUGUGAAUCUAGGUAGCACUUUCUUUGACAGGCUUGCACUUCAGAUUUGUCCAUUUGACCGGGGAUUUCCAGGUCCUUUAUAAGAAGAAAACGAGAAGGAAAGGACGAAGGAGAGUUUAAGAAGCGAACGAGGAUAAAAUCCGAGAUAAUCUGCCUAUGCCUCCUUAGCUUCGGCUUUGACCUUCCCUUUGGGAACGGAUCAUGAGACCAUCAUCAUCACAAAGCAAGGAACUCCAGCCAUAGAUAUGAAAGAUCAGUGGCUCCAAGAACUUGUGAGAGAAGCAGGAAAAAAUAGAGAAGGAAGCCCAAUCUGAUGAAGUUCGCGAGGUGAUGCUCGCCGACGCGGCCGAAGAGUUCGAUGAUGGGAAUCCAUGGUUUGACGACAUCAAGAAUUAUCUAGAAGAUAAGAUGGAUCAUUCCCCUAGUUUGCUACGGCAGAUGAUAAGAAGGCAAUCAAGCGGAUGGCGACGAGGUACACCUAAAGAGGAGGAAUUUGAUAUCGAUAUUCAUACAACGGUGUCCUCCUGAGAUGUGUGGAUGAUAAUGAAGCCUGGAAGAAGCUCAUUACGGCGUCUGUGCCGGUCACGUCAAUGCUCAGAUGCUGGCCAAGAAGAUCAUGAGGCAGGGCUAUUAUUGGCCCAUACUUUAAGAAAAGAAAGAAGACUCCAGUAUCUAUGUUCUGCGGUGUAUCAAAUGCCAGAUCCAUGCUCCAGCAUCCUCACUUCAUCCUCUGACGUCACCCUGGCCAUUCUCUAUGUGGGCCUUAGAUUUGAUUGGGCCCCUCGAAAGCACAGUUGAGAAUACCAACCGGCAUGCCUUCGUCCUCACUGCUACUGAAUACUUCAGAAAAUGGGCGGAAGCCGAAUCCUUCGUACAUGUCAAAGCUUCUACCCUCGUGCGGUUCAUUAAAAAGAACAUCAUCACUCGCUUUGGUGUACCCAAGAUGCUGGUAACAGAUAACGGGCUACAGUUCGUCUCAGGCGAGUUACAAUAAUGAAAUUAUGUGACAGGGAUUACAUUUAAUUUUUUCAUUAAUCCUCACCCCCAGGGCAAUGGUCAAGCAGAGGCUACAAACAAGACGCUGAUGAAAAUAGUGAAGAAGACGUUCGAAACUCAUAAAGCGUCUGAUUUUCCCGAAAAACUUCUCGAUGCUCCGAGGGCUUCUCGAACUUCCAUCCGCACUCCAACCGGUCAAACCCCGUACGCACUCACAUACGGAAUGGAACAUAUGAGAUCUUGAUUCCCUCUCUUAGAGUUGAACUAAAAAAAAUUCAUUAAGAUGAAAAGAGAGAAGCUCUUCUUUCUUCAGGUCUAAGGGCCUUCCCCGCAGGCUAGCUCUGAUUUAAGGAACGAGGGUUUUCUAUUCCAUCUAAGGUCAGGUUCCAAGCAGGUUAGCCCUGAUUCAUAGGAUGGAUUGGAAGUUUUGGUUUGACUGAUAGAUUUGAGCUCUAAGUGGGUCAGCCUGCCUGUCUGUCUGUGCUCGAGAUGCACAAAAGGGCAACCAGGGCUAUAUUUCAACUGAUGGGCCUAUUUUUCUAGCUACUUUAAACGUUUACGCCUGUUGUCGUUCGUUCUACCAGAGGUCACUAAAACUAAAAAAAUUGCUCCAUGCAUUGAAAAACAAUCCCUGUAGGACCAUGUGUAGACAAUACAAGAUGAUAGAAGUCUUGUUACGCGUGCAGACCUUCUCUCGUCUUGGAUUUAGUUAGCACUUAAGGGACAAACAAGGCUGUUACACAUGAUCUCAUGGCCUACUUCUUCCUGGUCUCCUCUCCAGAAGGGCUUAACUGAGUCUAAGCUAUUUUUUCUUACUUAGCUUGGCACGGCGUUGACGUCUAACUCAAAGCUUGGAUGCACCCCUUCCCUGUUCCCACUUCUCCCAACCCUGCCCCACUUUUCUUGCAAAAGAAGAAAAAUCCACCUUUGGAACUAGUCGAAAUUCUUUUGUGAUCAGCGAUGUUUUCUCAUAGAACUGCGAGAGCAGUCACAAUCUUUUGAGAUGCAAGGCAAGAUUAGCAAGGGGAGCUCACUAUCGCCGGGGCUUAUGAACAUCUUUUUGCAUUCAUUUGAUCUUGUCUAUUGUUGUGAAAGGAGUCUUUAAAAGUCUUCAGUGCAGUGACUAAAAAAAAAAGAUAUUUCCUUUUUCCAUGUGAAAGCAAAACCCCUCUCAGUGCGGGUCCCCAGUAGUCAGAGCAAGACCCGGAAGAUUUAGAAUAAGAAAGAAAGAGGUAACAAUACAUUGAAAACAAUAGAUCUAACAAGGCAAAGCCUAAAAAAACAAGAGAAAAAUCUUUGACAAAAUCUCUAUUGGUUAAUUCUGCUUUUAUGACGAGUAAAGUGUAGCGCAACGAAGGCCCAAUGAGAGUUUAAGUAAGAAUAGGGUGAAGCGGACCCUUUCAAGUACUAUCCUAGGCGCAAAGCCGGAGAAAGAAAUGGAGUGUUUUUCCAAUCCGCUUGUGAGCGUCUGUUGUUUCAACAAGAGCUCAGUUAUUUGAAUAAAGAAGGCGUUUCGUUGGCCUUCGGCCUGAAAAAAGUGUGAAGGUUGAGAUAGGUUUCAAAGCUCCUAUUAUUGGAUGUAGUCUUUGUUCCAUUUUAAACUGCUGCUCUGUGGGUAGGCGUGUCCCUGUCUCUUAUCCAAGAUAGAAAGACCUCUUUUUUCAGUGGCUUAGCUUGAAUUGGAUUGAUUUGAAGCCUACCCCCGUCCAUAAAUGAUAGAUUGAUUGACCCGCCCUGAAAGGGGAAACUUUUUCGCAUAUUGGAUAUCGAAUAGAAAACGCAUGCGAAAGGCAUCUCUUUCAUUGCCCUAGCUCGGCAAUGAGUACCUUCUCUUCCUGAGUACGCAUCAGAAGAGAAUCUCUUUGGUUGCCCAGCUUGGACUGCGUAUCGCAUCUC